AUGGUCGGUGUCGGAAAACCGCGACUGGACAAAUACGACAAGAUACUCUCACGGCUCUUUGAGAAUCUCGCCCUCUUUCACGUUCUAAAACGAGUAGAUGGCCCUCACGCUGUCGACGCCCAUGUUCCCGACACUCUUCAAGAUGCUAGGCGUAGAUUCUUGAAGAACUUGAGCUAUAUCUGCGAUUACAGAAAAGGGGGAGACACCACGACGUCUAUGGCUAUCGAGGACAAGGAGAAAAGUGCCGUGUUUUGGAUUGCAGCGAACUCAACUCCGAAUGAUAAAGUCGUAUCGUUUCUCACCGAAGUACUCGAAUUACUAAGAAAGGAACCCAAAGAGACCGAAAAAGACCAGAAAGCUUUGGAGAAUAAACUCGCAAAAAUAUGUGCCGAGUUUGCUGCACCAAGGCUAAAAAAAGAGUGCAAGCUUUUACAUAGAGCUACUAGACACUGUGAGAAGUACCUCAAGUUGGAUAUUGACAUUGUUCAACAGCCUGGGGCAAAUGCACUGUUGGAGUGGCUGUCUCACUUCUCAUAUUGCACAGAAACUGAUAUUCUCGCUCUAUGUCAGAUAGCAUACGAUGCUCGACAUGACCCUCAAAUGACAACUCUGAGAACUUUGAGCCAGCAGCUUAGUGUAGCACCCCCAGAAAUUGCAAAGACAUUUCGGGCCGUCAGGCACUUCGUCGGCCGCCUAGCUGAGAGAGUGCGCGUAUCUACACACCUGGUUCAAGAUUCUCUUCCACUGGGGUCGCUUCUAAAUUCAUACGAAAUAAGAAUAGUGGAUGCUCCUAUCCCAGCAAAGGUCCCCCCUGCGGAUGGCCUGACGAACUUGAACUCCAUAGUCAAAAGAAUGCUGCCAGCCAACGAUCCCCGACUUGAGGACAUGCAGAGCUACGUUGCCUGGUUGAGUGGCCCAAUGAAUCUUGAAGAGGCGAUCAAGAACAUGUACAACGGGGAUUCGGGACAGUUGUGCGUACAUUCUGAGGUCCAAAUGCUGGAGGACUUUCACCGCAAUCGACGUAGCUUCGUGGGCGGUGAUCGAUACAUAGCUUGUAGUAAGCUUGCGUGCCUCUGUUGCAAGUUGUACUUUAGACAUCAUCCUGGGAUGUUCGUGGAGCCAGAAUCGCAUCGAAAGCCCUACCUUAAUUGGAGGCCCGUGGAGUUGCCCGGUGGCAGGGAGAAUAUGCAUUGGUUGGAUCAGCGUCGGGUGUUGGCAAUGCUCAGCAGCGAGUUGGGCAAGGCUGUGGAGAUGCAAAUUAUUAGUCAACAACAACCCAACCCGUGGCAUCCGGACUCUGUAACGAACAUUACGUCGAGUAUGGCGGCAUUUGAUCUCUCCGAAUCUCAGGAAAUAUCCGGCGAUGAUGAAGAGGACUCUGUUUCGCUGGCACACUUGAACGAAGAUGAGUUCAGCGAUGGAUCUGUUAAUAUCACAUAUGAACACAGUGACGAUGAAUCUGACGGCGGUGUAGACUUGGAAGAUUGGUGA